GCAGCCUCUGGGUCCAUCAGCCUCAGAGGCAGUGCUGGUUGCUCAGAGAUGGGGCUGUCCCGGCUAGGACUGUGGCUGAAGCGGCUCUGGAUAUUCUUGCAGGUGGUUGUAGAGGUGGCCAUGGGCAAAAUGCUAAUGAUCCUUUUUCCAGAGAGGGUCAAGAAGCACAUCCUGGCCAUGGGCCAGAAGACCGGCAUGACCAGGAAUCCUCGCUUCUCCCCAGACAACUGGGUCCCGACUUUCUUUAGCACACAGUACUUCUGGUUCGUCCUGAAGGUCCGGUGGCAGAGACUGGAAGACAAGGCUAUGUAUGGAGGUCUGGCUCCAAACUGCUCAGUGAUCAGCCUCUCAGGACAGAGGUGCAGCAUUUGGGACUUCAUGCAAGGCAAUAGGCCACUGGUACUGAACUUUGGUAGUUGCACCUGACCUUCAUUUCUUUUCAAAUUCGACCAAUUCAAGAGACUUGUAGAAGACUUUGAUUCCACAGCCGAUUUCCUCAUCAUUUAUAUUGAAGAAGCACAUGCAUCAGAUGGUUGGGCUUUUAAGAACAAUGUGAACAUCAGCCAUCACCGGAACCUCCAGGACCGCCUGCAGGCAGCCCAGCUGCUACUGGACCAGAAGCCUCAGUGCCCUGUGGUGGUGGACACAAUGGAGAACCAGAGCAGCCAGCUCUAUGCAGCCCUGCCAGAGAGGCUCUAUGUACUCCAGGAGGGCAGGAUUCUCUAUAAGGGAAAACCUGGCCCUUGGAACUACAAUCCAGAAGAAGUUCGUGCUGUUCUGGAAAAGCUCUGCACCUAAUCUGGACAGAUCCUCCAGUUCUAGGUAGCAAACAGGAGGAUUCUUCCAGUCUUGGCUCUUCUCCCGGCCCAGAUGCAUUUUUAUCUUCAACUUGAGUUCCAGCUGAACCACUAGUAAACAACACCCAGCUAGGAAAUGCAGGUCAGAGUGACCAAUCAGGACAAAUUAUUAUAACCAGAAAAUGAAGCAAUGCUUGGGCUGUUCAUGUAAGUGUACUGUUAAAGAAUGUCUAACUUCACACUGUACCCACCACAUUAAUUGCACAAUGUCUUCAAAUAAGAGAGCAAUGAUACCCCACUGGCAUAUCCAAGUGUGAUAUCUCUCUAGCCAUUCUGAUACCAAGCAGUUUAUUAUGGCAUCCCUUGUGUUAAGUAAAUUCAUCUAACCAAAUCCACUAUUUAUAGAAUUGAUCACUAAGAUGGGGAUGUAGAUGUGGCUCCAGUUCUAUGGUCCCUGCCUAACUGGUGAAAGGCCCCGAGAUCAAACCCCAGAGUAAUAAUUUUUUAAAAGGAUACAAACUGGUUUUUAGCACCAAGCACUGAAAGAAUUCUAGUUGUUAGAGAAGAGAAAUUGGGAGAGGAGCUGGUAGGAGAAGAAGACAGUAACCCUUUCCUUGCUGAAAGAUUAAAAUAGGUCAGUGGUGGUAGUGCUGGGGCAGGUUUCCAUGGUAACACAUCUCCAAUAAUACCAGGAAGAGAAUACUCACCUUACCAUCUUUGAAUAUAUUUCACAGAAAUCUGGCUCUUUGAUAAGCUGGAAUCUUCCACUGUUCCCACUCAUUUUGAAGAAAGGAUUAUUUUUGGUUUCCCCAAAGCAUUAUAACCUUGACCAAUUGGACAGCAGGCAUUGAUCAGCAAAAACUGUCAUUCAGUUAUGCAGAAGCUCAGGUUUGAAAUUCUGUUUCACUUGUUUCUUCACAAGUCUCUUAAUGGUCAUUUGUGUUAGGUUUUAUCAGACUUAUGGAUAAUCAUUGGUAUUCAUCUAUUUUAACUCUGCUUCUUUUCAUAUUUGUUUAUGACGGCCACAGCCUAAAGUACACACGGCUGUGACUUGAUUUUUUUUUAAAAAUGUUUUAAGAUGCAAACAAGUUAUUAUUGAACCAUUAAAAUAUAUCUAGCUAUU